AUGAGACAAUUUUCUAUGAGAAUUGCGGCCCUUCCUGCCUCAAUCUCUCUUUUGGCCACAAUUUUAUCCUUCGAAUGCAACCACGUCUUGGCACAACCUAAUCUACAAGAUUACAUUCUCAAUGCACCAGCAUGCAGCAUUUCACAAGAAGAUCUGAAUGUCCAUUGCGACUUUAGCAACAUAGAACCCUUAGAUGGAAACAUUGCUCAUUUCAUUACAGGGUUUGACAAUUGUCAAGGAAGUGCAGCUCGCGAUUCGGAAUUGUCCCUUUCAGCUGCUACUGGCACUGCUGUCAGCGGCGGCUACAGUGUCAUAGUCGACAUUAACACUGAUUUCAACUUAACAAAUGGAGAAUCGGAAACUUUUACCUUUUGUCUGCUGACUCACUUGCGGGACGCAAGUAACAAUCUAAUGAUCUAUCAAGGCGAGAAGAUCAACUCCACCUUCACUUCUGACGGAGAAUUCACCGUCUCGGAUCUGGAUACAGAAACCUUUGAUGGUGUGAACGUAGACGUGAAUUCCGAUACGAAGAUAUUUGCAGUUACGGCCUAUCGUUGCGAUCUCAGUCGCAAUCAGAUCACCACACCACCCGUGGCUGUUGGCGUCACUCUGCUCAUCUGUAUUGAUACUGGGGACACCAAGGUGGUGAUUUCCGCUGUGAAUGGAUUCUAUGGGGUUAAGACCAACGUUGCCCAAACGGACUUGCUCGCUGGAAAUACCGAAGUUCUUGGCCUAAGUACAGAUACCGUCACGAUUGGCACUCGUCCUUUUGUCAAAUUCUUUGAGGAUACGGAUCUUUUAGAGGUCCUGGGAACAGUAUCUCUCGACAUUGGCGACAGUGGUGCUUCGCGUCAGUUGCGGAUGCGGAAGCUGCAAGUAGGUGGCAAGGAGGACACUUUCGAUGUGAAAGUAGAAGUGGAAACGCAGCGAGAAGCAUCUGUGGCAGCACGCCACGCGUGCGCUACCACAGGAAUGGUUGGUGUGUUCUUGACUGCCAUGACUAUCUCGUUUGCCUAG